AAGGUGGUGAGAAAAACUGUGAAACUGCUGCGUCUCCGGAGGGAAACGCUCACCCUUUUCCCCCCACCACGUCCCCCUAACGGUUAGCCUGGAGAACUGACAAUGGAUUAAUGGAUGCAACUGGGCUGCAGGCUUGGGGGUGGUGAGCGCGUUCAUUUGACCUCUGCUCCCCGGCCGCCUCCUUAAAGGGAAGGAAAGGCAUCUGAGGGAACAGCUCAGCAGCCUCUCUGAGGUGUAGACGUCUUGAGAGCGCUUGUCAUUCCCCAGAACGUGACACUCAGUGGUCAGUUUCAUUUUGGGCGGAUUAUCAUUUUACACAUCAGCCAGGCUUCAUUUUUUCUUCUGGGUCAGAGCUGGAAGGUGUAUGAAGUGAGGGGAAGCGGGGUAGUUGGUGACGAGCCUCCCUGCCUGUGUUGUGCUGCAGUGAGGGAGAGCCACUAAAGCGGCUGUGUGAGUGGACGGCAGUGCUCCCAAUGGGUUAACUGGAUGCCGGCAGCCAGCAGAAAGCGAGGACACAUUGCAAGCGACAGUGUUUUUACUGGCGGGAGACUGACUGACCAGAGCAGCAGCGGCCGCUCACCAUGUGAAAUCAACUGGACACUGAACACAAGGGACUAGCUGUGAUCCAGACCCUCCAGAGACUUCACCUCCACUCUGAGACCAUCAUCUCCCACCCCCCCACCCCUUCCUCAUCUCUGGGGGUGUUCUUUUCUUUUUGGACCUGAAAAGGAUUCAUCUGAUGUCGCCUCUUCACCCACGUGUAAGGAGGGCUCGCUGCUGAACUGUGUCUCUUUAUCCAUCCCCCUCCCCCCCCCCCCGCAUCAAAAAAAACAAAAACGCUCAGCUUGUUUCCGAGGCAGAUUUGCUUGGAGGAUGAGAGGCAGCAGGCUGGUCAUCGUGACUGUCCUCCUUUGGCAUCAGCUGGCCCUCUGCAGGCAGGCGGUGGCCAAGAGAGCGCUGCGGAUAAACCAACGCACCGAGCCCUACAACAGCACCCUGCAGACCAACAGCGACGAGGGUUCUUCCCUCCAGACCCUGUCCUCCAGCCCGGAAGGUGGAGGAAUGGGACAUAGACUUCUUCAUGACGUCCGACGCCAGUGCCAGUCCAUGGUCAGCCAACAGGUGGCACCCUCGUUGCAGGGUGAGACGACCCAUCUCCCAGAAAAUCAAGAGCAUCGUCCACUGGACCCACAUUCAUCAUGGAUCAAAUUUGUGCAACGAGAUGGAGUCAGGAAAAGCAAGAAAUGCAAAGCCAACCGGAAGAAAGUAUUGCCAAGCCUCUUUGGGCCACCAGGACCUCCAGGACCCCCAGGACCCCCUGGACCAGCUGGAGCUGAAGUGACACAAGAGUUCCUGCUGCGCGAGUUUAAAGAUAUGAUAAGAGAGGCAGCAGAGAGACGGGCAGCUGUUCUGACAGAGAUCCAUCCUAGUUUCAGUCCACCACCUCCUCUCCCGUUUGAAGACAUCCGUCCAUACAAAAGAGUAGAGGAAGCUUUUCACUGCAAACUGAAGGGGAUAGUUAUUGUGGACAAGAGGACCCUCUUAGAGCUUCAGAACUUCCAGGCGCCACUUGCAAAAGGUGCAUUCCUGAGAGGAUCUGGAAUGAAUGUGUCGACUGGGAGAUUUACAGCACCAAUAACCGGCAUCUACCAGUUUUCUGCCAAUGUACACAUCGAUCACAGUGAAAUGAAGAGCAAAGGACCGCUUCGUCCAAGGGAUAAUGUCCGAGUGCUCAUUUGCAUCGAGUCCCUCUGCCAACGGAAUACUUCCCUUGAAGUUAUAGUUGGGCUGGAGAGCAACAGCAAAAUAUUCACAGUCUAUGUGCACGGGCUCCUUCAGCUACAGGCUGGCCAGUAUACCUCCAUAUUUGUGGACAACAGUGCAGGAGCACCCAUUUCUAUCCAGAGUGGAUCGGAUUUUAUGGGGAUAUUCGUUGGUGUAUAGCAAGUCAUGUUCUCUUUAGAAGAAACUAACUUUAAUGCCAACUUUAACAUUAGAAUUCUGCUCGUCAUAAAAAAAAGUCAGAGAUGGAAUAAUUCAAGUAACUGUUGACAUGAAGAAAGACUGGUGGGAUUUACCUUCAGCAAUUGCUACCUUUGUAUCCUGGCUCAUAAUUCUUUCAUCAGUCUUUGAGAAAUCCAUAUUUGGUUAGAACUUCCAAAAUAGUACGCAGUGCCACUCUCAGUGGCAGAUUUUCUUCUGCAACAUUGGAUUGCAAAAUGCUAAAGUGAUUGUACCUAAAUUUCCUACAGACGCAACCAUAGAAGGGCUAAACAGGAGAUACACAUUCAAGCUGUUAUUGUCUUGUUAAUGGUAUUUAAAAGCUCCUUUUAGCAACAAAAUAAUAUUAAUUUUAUUGAUUAAAUAUCAUUGUAAUAUUGGAAUGUUGGUUCUGCGUUAUUGUAUGCUCAGUGAUAAAGUACUUUGCAGCUUUAUUAUUAGCUCGUUGCUGCCUAGGAAUUUUGAGCUGUUUCAGUGGACACUAGGUCACUGGUAUAACCUCUGGAUUCACUAGAAUGCUUACCAGUUGUGUGGGAACUCUAUACUGCACUUGGGAAAGGAAGCAAGGAACCCUGCAUUACACACUGCGACUUGAACAAAAACAUUGUGGUUUACACUGCGAGUGUCCAGAUUAAAGAGGACUUGAUUAAUGACAAACGUUGGUAUUUGAAAUGAGCUUUAAGAUGGGUAACUGUACAGAGUUGAGAGGCUGUCAGGGGCAAAUUUCUAGUUUUCGAAGUGGAGUUCUAAGCAAGUUUUACUCACAACAUUUAGACUUGUGACCCUCUGGUGUAAUUUCAAGCUUGUUGAAGCAAGAUUUUGAUAUAUUACAUGUACUUAUGCAUAUAUAUAAGGUCUUGUGUUAUGUGUGUAUCCCAUUGAAACUUUGCUGUAUAAAUAAUUGCAAUGGAACACUUAGCAACCUGGAGCUGUUACCUGUGAUGCUAUAGGAAGACACAGUACUCAAAUAGGAAUUCCAGUAUUAAAAGACAUCUCUCUUGAAUGGAAACACAAUUAAAUGACAUAUUAUCAUCGCUGAAAAAUCACAUUUACUGAAAAUUUUUUGUUGAAAACAAAUUCCACAGUUUUUUCUUAAUAACAGAAAUUACUAAUGUCCAUUCUAAAGGUUACAAUCAAAUUUUAUAAAACAUUAAAAAUGGCAUAAACAGUUCUCCACUGAAUGGUCUUUCUAAAACCUUCAUUAACUUUUUUUGUAAACUUUUGGAUCACGUUACCACCCAGCUGUUUGAGCUGUUAUUAGAUUUAUGUUGCACAUUAACACUGAUAUAGACCAGUUAAAUCAUUUCUAUGCUUUAAAUUCAAUGCAUUUCUGAACAUGUAAAACUUGCAGUUUCUUAACAUAUAAUCUUGUACAUAAGCAGGAGUUGAAAAAAGAGGUGCAGUCCCCUCACUAUUGGAAUUUUGGAGAGCGUCCUGGAUUUAAAAAUACUUGGAAAGCUACAAUUGAAUUCUCAAAGGUUUUAUUUCAGUAUUUUUUUAAUGUAGAUUAGUGAUUGAUAUAAAUAGCAUUGUUUCAGAAAUAACUGCCAUUCCUUACUGUGAAAUUUCUUUGCCACUUGAUGCUCUGCAACUUUUAUUUUGCUUUUAAAAUGAUUGCUAGCUAGCAAGCCAAUAAGGAAAGGGUGGUGGGAUUACUGCAUUGAACCAACCUCAUACACAAAUUUAAUAACUAUAAAGUAGUAUGUCCUCUGACUCAGUGGGAGAAAUCUCAUAGGACACUACUAAAUAAUGAGUGUCGGGCACAAAAUAUUGUCACACUUACUAAGCCCCAGUCUUGCCAUUCUUCUGCUUCCAAACAGAGUUCAGUGUGAAUGCCAACUAGAGUGUAAAAUCAGGCAGGUGUAACUGGUGCAUUGUUACAGGGGUCAGUCCUGGGGCCGCGACUUGUUGAGGAAAGUAAAUGUACUUUAGCAAGGUCUGUGACUGAAGUACAAAUAGAUGGAAGGCAUGUAUUGAGGAUGACACAGACAGUCUGAAGAGAGAUAUAGACAGAUUAAGUAUGUAAGCACAAACUUGGCAGAUAGAAAAAAAAUGGGAAAAUGUGAGGCUAUGCACUUUGUCAGGAAAAAUAUAUGUGCUGGAUAUUACUUAAAUGGAGAAAGCGAUAGCAUGGCAAGAUUUGGGAAUCCUCAUGCAAACGUCUCAAAAAGCUAGGGUCCAAGUUCAGCAGGUAAUAGGAAAGGCAAAUGAAAUGUUGGCCUUUAUUUCAAAACAAAUGAAGUAUAAAUGUAGGGAAGGCUUGCUAAAACUAUCCAAGGCACAAGUCAGGCCACAGCUCAAAUACCAUGAACAGCUUUGGGCUUCUUGUCUAAGAAAGAUAAACUGGUGUUGGAGGCAGUCCAGAGAAUGUUCACUGGGCUGAUCCUGGGAAUGGAGGGACUGUCUUAAUAAGAGAGUUUGAGCACGUUGGGUCCACACUCAUUGGACUUUAGAAGAAUUAGGGAUGGCCUUGUUGAGAUAUACAUAGGGCUCUUGAAAGGCCAGAUGCAAAAAGGUUGUUUCCCCUUGAAGGAGAGUCAAAGACCAGGGUCGUAAUCUCACAAUAAAGGGUUGCUCUUUCAAAACAGACAUGAGGAGCAACUUCUUUCCUCAGAGAGGAGUGAACUGGUGAAAUUCUUUACCACAGAGGGCUGUUGAGGCUGCGUCAUUAAGUAUAUUCAAGGUCAUGAUAGAUUUUCAAUCAGUAAGAGAAUCAAGGUUUUUGAGGGAAAGGCAUGAGAGUGGUGUUGAAAAUUGUCAGAUCAGCUGUUCCCUAAUUGAGUGGCAGAGCAGACUUGAUGGGCUGAAUGGCCUACUUCUGAUCCUUUGUCUGAUGGUCUUGUGGGAUGUACAGUAGACAUAUGAUCUAAAGCAGUUCUGUUCAUUGUUUAUUUAAAAUCAGGACUUUAAUUUUGAUUGGCCGCUCCUCGCAGCUCACUCUUGAUUGUAAUGUAAAGUCCAUUUUUCAAUUCUUCCUUGAGCCAUGCGAAAGCCUGUUUGCAGGAUAUGGUUCUGACGCAAUAUUUGAAACAUCUUGUGCCAAAAAGGAUUCCUAGUGACCUGCUAGGAGAAAAAUGAUUUACUUAUUUCUUGUAAGCAAAUUGGUGUUGCCGCUCCAGCAAAAAUCCUUUUGCUUUGAGAUAAUCUGCAAUGAGCCACGUAGCCCAAUAACAUGAACAGGUUUAGUGUUGGCCCUGUAAUGGGAGCUUACAGAGUAUACGUCAGGUGUGACAUGACUUAAAAGUGAGGUAUAUUGAUACUCACUCUGUCAUGCUCAAUGUUAAACUCUGAUGCCAGUUUCAAGUAGUAUUGAGAUGGUAGCUCCAAUAUCAAUGUGAAAUGAGAUAGUGGGAACUGCAGAUGCUGGAGAAUCUGAAAUAGCAAGGUGUAGAGCUGGAUGAAC